UUCCUAGCUACGAUGGCUUAUGCAAUGUUAUCAUAAGGGACGGAGCAAUCAGUGAUAUUACUAGAGCUAGCUCUGCACUAACGAGCAGCACGUCGACAUUGGCAGAUGGAGAUGCUAGAUGGUUGAUUCCCGGAUGGAUAGAUUUGCAAGUCAACGAUAUAGAAUGGUUUGACUGCGUAAUGCGCAGGGAUAGUGUGGGAAUAAACGAACACGCAAGAAGAAUUGAACAGGUUCUUCAACAUCAACUCAAUAAUGGAGUUACCCACCUUUUACUGGCCACAUUGGCUUCACCCUUGAAUUUACUUAAAAACUAUCUCAAGGGUGCCAAGCAAGUAAUGGAGUCAGGCAAGCAAGGAAAGCUGCCAGAUUCCUGCUUGGGUGGCUGUUUAGUUGAGGGCACAUUUAUGAAUCCCAGCUGUUGCGGAUGUCAUAAUCCGGCAUAUGUUUACUUGCCAUCUUGGUCGCUCGCCCAAAAACUGGUUGACACAGGGGCAGUGCAGAUACUCAAUGUGGCUCCAGAAAUUGGUGAUGAAGCGGAUGCUCUUGAUGUUGUAUUAAAGGCCAAGGAGGCUGGUGUUGUUGUCGCUGUUGGACAUGCCAAGCCUCAUGCUGUUAUGCUGAGAAAAGCUGUUGAUGCUGGCUGUAGCUAUGUUAUACAUCUUGGAAAUGGUCCUACAGGAAGCAGCUGGAAGUCUUUCAAUGAUGGAGGGAUGAUGGAGGAAGCACUUAGGAAUGACUAUUUGACAGUAUCUAUUAUUGCUGAUUUUAUUCAUGUUCAUCCUUGUCUUUUACGUGACUGGAUUGCAAGGAAAGAAAUUUCUCGAGUUAUUGCAAUCAGUGAUCAAGCAUUUGCAACUGGUCUUGGAAAACGCAAGUCAUUCGAAGUGUUUGGUCGUUUGGGGAAAGUGUCUGAUGAUGGAAGUCAUCUAUUAGCUGUGGAUUCAGAGUCUGGAGAAAGCAGCAAAAUGGAGACAAACAGAACAUCUGAAGUGGCUGGUCUGUUUGGGUCUUGCAUUAGUAUGAAACAAAUAUUUGAAAAUGUUUUGAACUUGAUGUUUCAUGCAAUGGACGGUGUGUACAUAAGACAUCAUGAGGGCCAGUGUUUGUCUGAUGCUAUUAGAUCAGCUAUCUCACUUUGUAGCACCAACCCAGCUCGGCUGCUGAAACUUGAUCAUCAUUGUGGCGAUGUGAAGGUUGGAUUGGAUGCAACUCUUUUGCUAGUUAAUGUAACAGAGAGAAAAGUCAGGCCUGGUGACACAUGGUUUGGCUGUAUGUGGGAGACAUAUCUAGAUGUUACAUUGGAGAAAGUCAUAUAUCAUGGGAAAGUUGUCAGAUAAUGGAGUUACAUAAUUUCACAAUGUAUACGUAAUCACAUUUCUAGUUUGCUGGCAGUUGUGUUACACACCCCUUGUAUGAGUAGCCAUUGUAACAUGAUAAUUACACUGUGAGAGUGAGUG